CAACACGGUGUAAGCACAGAAUAUAUUUCAUAUAUUCUGUGGUGUAAGUGUGAACCCCCCUUAAUCGUAAUUAUGUUCUAUGGUCUUGUCACAGCUGAUAUGUACAAUAAUUGUUUAUUGUAUAAUUUAGCCACAGAAUAGAUUUAAUCUAUUCUGUGAUUUAGCUGUAUAAUAUUAUUGUUCUGUGUAUAUAGAUAUACAGAUUCUGUGAGUGUUGUUGAAAAUGUUGUUAUCAGUUUAUCACGGAUUAAGAUAAAAUAGCAAAGAUUGAAAGAUUUCGGUUCGUCAGACUCAGAUCAGCAUCAGUUAGUCCAUCGAAAUUUCACCUAACUGAACCAUUUAGUGAUUACAAAAUUCUGAAGGAAUUGAGGCAUUAAUGAUGUUCCUUGAUACAUUGUCCCGGUUUCUUCCUGCGAGGAGUAAUUACUUGAUUCUUUCUCGAUGUAAGCAUGUACAAGCGGCUCGUUAUAAACGAUCUAUCAAGGGUAAUAAACCAUUAACAUAUGAGAUGGCUGGGCCACCACACACUAUUGCUCACAUCAAGGGUUGGAAUUCAUGGAACACGUGUAACAUGUUAGAUGGUUUAAGACCGGCUGAAACUGCAAUAGAUGACGAGUUCAUUCGUCGUUUCAUGACAGGCACUUGGCAUGAUUUAAUUGCUAGUGAAAUAAUCAUAAAAAGACAACACAACAUAAUAAGAAUAGCUGCCAUAACGGUACAGAAAAUUAGUGUGACCAAAGUAUAUUUCUUAAUUGGUUAUACGGAAGAACUUUUAAGCUAUUGGCUGCAAUGUCCGAUCAAGUUAGAAUUACAGACUGUUGAAGACCGAACUGCAGUGGUGUUCAAAUACAUUUAGCCAUUUGGAAAUUAAUUAUUGUUGUCUAUUAGAAUUUUGUAUGAAAGUAAAGUAUUACAUUAAAAGUUUGUAUCAUAA